AAUAACAUUAAAUUUAUAGCGAAAAGAAGGGAAUUAGCACCUAUACGAAAGUCGGUAUUGCGAAACAUUUACUGGAGUUAUAGAAGUGAGGUUAUAUACGAUCCCAACUGUUACAAUACUAUGACUUAUAACCGGGUUUAUUACAAAUCGAUCAAACAACUUCGAAGAUCAAAGAUGGCGUCAUUAAUCAUUGUUCUAAUCCUUUUAUACGUCAUAUUACUCAACUAUAGGUACUGGAAUGAGGAGCUUACUGAAUCAGAUAAGAACAACGAUGCCGAGCCCAAGAAAAAGUUGAAGCGACUUCCACAGGUUAUUGGGAUCGGAGUUAAGAAGUGCGGGACUGGGGCUUUGAAAAGUUUCCUUGGUUUCCACCCUAAGGUUGAGAUAUAUACGGCUAACCAGGGGGAAGCGCAUUUCUUCGAUGUGGAUGAGAAUUUUGAACGGGGGCCUGCCCUAUAUAGACUAGAGAUGCCUUUUACCGACGCCGACCAAAUAACCUUCGAAAAAACGCCAAAGUAUUUCACGACACCUGCGGUCGGUGAAAGGAUCAAAUAUUUCUAUGAUAAAGUGAAGGAACCAAUAAAGUUGGUCGUCAUAUUCUGCGAGCCUGCUGCUAGGGCUUACUCCGAGUAUAUGCAUAUCACUGAACAUGGAGGCGACGUGUUCGCAUUGGUUAGAAAGUUAGCGAGUUUCGGUUCAUUCGAAAAUUACGUUGCCAUGGCGCUUGACAUUUUCUACAGAGCCAGUAUUGCUGAACCGAACAGCGCAGACUUGUACGGGUUCGCCAACUUCGCUGAUUUGGUUGUGAAUAUCAAAAACAGCCGUGAAUUGAGCAAGUUCUCAAUAAUAUCGGAUGGAUUUUAUUCAAUUCAUUUAAAUGAAUGGUUAAAAAGUUUCAAGGCGUCAGACUUCCAUUUUAUGAACGGAGAUUUGUUUAUGGAAGGCCCGGCACCUGAGAUGAGAAGAUUGACAAAGUUCCUUGGAGUGGACGAUGUCUUCCAAGCAAGCAACUUUACAAUGGAUGAAGAGAGAGGGUUCUUCUGUUUAAAAGGAGAGAAUGAAGAAGAAGGGGCGAGGUGUGCUCCUGAGAAAAAGGGAAGGACGAGAUCUCUUACAAUAGAUGGUAAAGUGACGUCGGAUGUGGACCCUGGGACUCUGAUGCAACUCAAAGAGUUGUAUUCUGAAUAUAAUAAGGACCUCAACAGACUUACGGAGCUAGGUUUUAAUUGGAAUAAUUAA